AGAAAAAGAACACACUAAAAUAACAUCAUUUUUUGAGUGAGUGCAAAGGAGCAAUGGCUGAGGUAGCAUUGAAGGUGUUUGGUAACUGGGGGAGCCCUUUUAGUCGUAGAGUAGUGCUAGCUCUCAAGUUCAAAGGCAUUGAGUACGAGUACAUUGAAGAAGAUCUCUCGAACAAGAGCCCAUUGCUUCUACAAUACAACCCUGUGCACAAGAAGGUUCCCGUGCUCUUGCACAACGGAAAACCGAUCGCUGAGUCGCUUGUGAUCCUUGAAUACAUUGAUGAAAUAUGGAAGGAGUAUCCAAUACUGCCGGAAAAUCCUUUAGAGAGAGCGACGGCACGGUUUUGGGCCAAGUUCGUCGAUGAGAAGUGCAUGUUGGCAACAUGGAUGGCUUGUUGGAGUGAAGGGAAGGAGCAAGAGAAGUUCAUUGAAGAGUCCUUGGAGAACUUAAAGACCUUAGAGUCUGCUCUUAAUGGGAAGUUUUUUGGAGGAGAUUCAAUAGGAUUGGUUGACAUUACUGCUUGCUACAUAGCUCAUUGGCUUGGAGUACUUCAAGAAGUAGUAGGACUCACAUUGGUGGAUGUAGAGAAGUUUCCCAUCUUAUGCAAAUGGAUUGAAGAUUUCAUGAGCGAUAGUGUGGUGAAAGAAAGCAUGCCCCCUAGAGAAAAGUUACUUGCAUUCUUCAAAGCUCGUAAAGAAGCUAUCUUUGCAGCCAAAGCACCUGUCUACUGAUGUUGCCUACAAUGGACGGUUGAUGCAUCAUCCUAGUUAGUGAUGUGUGAAAUAAAUAGAAUAAAGGGGUAAGCUACAAUGUAGGUAUGUCAGAAUUAAAUUAUGGUAAAUCAUACAUGUAGACAGAUCCAGGCCGUCUAAAUCAUGUGGACGUAGUGGAUGGAGCAUAUAUAUAUAUAUUAUUUUAUUUUUAAAAUGUGGAUUGGAUAAUCCUAAUGUUCCGAUUGGUGUCGGAUGGGUUGUUAGUACGAAGAUAGCCACUGAUCCAAAUUCAAUGGGUGAAAUUAGGGAGGAAAGAUUGGAUCAUCAUUAUGGAUUUUGGGCUAUGCUCCGUCCACAAUAGGGCCCACAAUUUAGAAGGUCUGGAUCAGCAUGCCCUCUCUUUGUAUUUUGUUGCUUGCAUUUUUGCAAUGAAUGUAAUGUGUUUCUUGGAUUUUGUAAUCUAUUGAAGUCUUUGAAGACUGAUGAUGGA